CUCGAAGUGGGAGGUGCUGCAUUUGAAGCAACUGAUUUGGUGAGCCAACCUUCCAAUAAACUCUGAGGUUGGAUGUGGUUAAGCGUUCUCCUGAGCUACAGAAGUUACGAAAGGUUCACGCUUCCCUCCUGCUCCUGCCGGAACAUUGCUGCAGUUCCAGAUUUCUGAAGCACUUGUGAGGAUCACAGUCUCACCUCUGAUGUUAUCUUUGGGGUGACUCAGUAGCACGGCGUUAUGAAAAUACUGAUGUAACUCUUUCACAAAGCCACAGAUCUCAUUAGCUCCCGGAGUUGUUGCCUUACCGGCGGAGGAGAGGACAGAGAGAUGAGGAGCGGUUACUUGACGUUCCUUGGGAUGUGUUUGUGCGGUGUCUGGGAUCGGGAGAGCUCUGCACACCCGCCCGAUGCUGCUGAGCAGGACGUGUGUCUAACCAAAUACUGUGGGCCCAAUACGGAAUGUCACCACGAGCUGGGAAGCUUCUACUGCACCUGUAAGGCAGGAUUUUACUCCGAGUCUGGAGACAAGAAGUUUGCAGGUUCUGCAGAGUCCACCUGUAGAGAUUAUGAUGAGUGUUACACUGUUAAAACGACCUGUGGCAUCAAUGCCGCCUGCUACAACACGGUGGGAGGAUUCUACUGCCUCUGCCACUCUGGGUUUGCUCAGGCUUCUGGCGAGACCAAAUUUACUGAUUACCGUGCUGGGUGUGAAGAUAUCGACGAGUGUUUGCAACAGCCCUGUGCCCCCCGUGAAGUCUGCCACAACACGGAAGGGAGCUUCUUCUGUUCUCACACAUCCCGGUCCGUGACCAGCAGUCUCAAAACAACUCACAGCCCAUUUCUGAAUUGUCUGUCUAACCUCCUGAAGAACCAAUCCAUCAUUGACAACUGUUUCAACAAGCCAACAGCAGAUCAGUUCUGUUCCCUCAUCAGCUCCACCCUUACAUUUGCGAAGAGGAUGUGUGAACAUUCUGACCGGCGCUACAGCAAAAGAACACAACCUGUUACUUUAGAAGACGUCACAUCAUUUGGAAACAAAUUCAUUGCCGAUGGCUCUGAGGUGGAGCCUACCUCGGUCUUCCUGGAUGCCAUGGAGAGUUUUGCAUUAGUUGCUGCACUGGCCUCACCUACUCAAGAACUGAAGCCCAUUACCACCAAACACUUAGAUGUCGAUGUGCGGGUCAUUAGGGUGAGUGGUCUGCGGUCCCAAUCCAAGGCACCCAGGAGGAUAACACUCCGAGCAAAGGAGAAUACACUGGAUGUUUAUUUGACAACUGUGACUGGGGAGAAACUAGCAGGAGCCGCCGUCGUUGCUUUGCUCUCCUACGCGGAGCUGCAGUCCCUGCAGACGGGGGAUUUCAUCGAGGAGGAGAGAUCCAGACCCUUCCACCUGAGCUCAGGGGUUGUCUCCGCCGUCAUCGGGAACCGGCGGGUUCACCAACUCACCGACACCGUCAACAUCACCCUGAAGCACACCGAGGAUUCGGUAGCGGAAGGACAAACCUUCUGUGUUUACUGGAACCACUCAGGGCCCAGGAGUCACUGGUCACCUGCGGGAUGUACAGUCAUUCAGUCCAACACCACACACACCACCUGUGGCUGCCGCCACCUGUCCAGUUUCGCCAUUCUCGUCUCAACCAACCAGGAGUGGUAUGAGGAGGACCAGUCUCUCACCUGGAUAACGCUGGUCGGACUCAGCACAUCGCUCGUGUGCCUGGCUCUCGCCAUCGUCACCUUCCUGUUCUGCGUCCAGACUAAGAACCUCAACAUCACCAUCCACAUCAACCUGUGCAUCAGCAUGUUCCUGGGGGAGCUCCUCUUCCUGCUCGGCAUCAAGAGGACCAGCAGCAAGGUUGUGUGUGCGCUGGUGGCGGGCUGUCUGCAGUACCUGUUCCUUGUGGCCUGCGCAUGGAUGUGUGUGGAGGGCAUCCACCUCCAUCUCAUGGUCCGGAACCUCCAGAGGAUCAACAAUGCCGGCGUCCACAGGGCGCUGAGAUGGUUCAUGUACCCGUUUGCAUACGGGGUGCCUGCAGUGAUCGUCAUUGUUUCCGUGGCAACGUACCCAGCUGGUUAUGGAUCACCCCUGUACUGUUGGCUUUCGGUCAAGAAAGGACUUAUCUGGAGUUUCAUUGGCCCCAUCUGCACCAUCAUUCUGUUUAACAUGGUUCUGUUUGCGGUGACCCUCUGCAAGCUGAGGGCACAGAUCACCCGCCUGAACACCGAGGUCACGAAGAUUAAGGACAUGAGAAUGCUAACCCUCAAAGCCAUUGCACAGGGGUUCGUCCUGGGCUGCACUUGGAUUCUCAGUUUGUUCCACUUCCAUGAUACAACCACGGUCCUCACCUACCUCUUCACCAUCAUCCACAGCUUCCAGGGAACCCUUAUCUUCCUCAUUCUCUGCGUGCUGAAUCCACAGGUGAGGGACGGCUACCGGAUCUGCUGGAAGAGAAUCUACAACAACAGGAAAAAAACGAGCUUCGCAGAUUCGGCCUCCAGCAGCGUGCCGAUGACCGCAGCGUCGAUAUAAAAGACCGAGAGGAAUGAUUUGAUGCAGUGCUCCUUGUGCUGUGGACGGGUCAGGACCUGAUUCCUUGGCCAACAUCAAUGUCAGUGGUGGGGACUGUGGAUGAACCCCGGCUGAUGUUUCACCCUGGACCAUAUUUCGGAACUCCCUCUCCCCCACUGAGGCUCUUCAUGAAGUGGACUUUCUAGACCAAUGUUCAGUCACAUUUCCCAGAACAUGACUUGGUGAUAAAUGUACUUCCCCUGUCCGUGCUGCAAUACAAAGACCUCGAAGGUUAGAGGCAGUGGAAGUGAAAGCUGUUCUAACGACAUUGAUGCCUGGUGUUAAACAUUUGCUGAUAAAAAGUUAGGCAGACCUUGGGUAUGUGGGAAAUGUUUACACAGAGGCAAGCUGAAAGUUUGAAGUGUUAGUAUUUUAAUAUCUCUGCAUGCCUCUCGUAUUAGAAAAAUAGAAACAGCAGCCAAUGGUUUUAUUCUGGGCCAUCUUUCUGCUUUUGUUAGGGAGAGCAAAUGACAGAAUGUUUUGUACAUUCUUCUAAUGAAUUGAAGAUGAAUUAUUUUAACCCCUUGGCUCAACCCUCUGAGCUGGGAGGUUAGGGAUGGACUCCAGUGACUGAUGAAGUGCUGCAGUGUUUCAGGUGCUGUCUUUCUGAUGAUGUCAAACCAGUUCCCUACCUGCAUUCCCUGAGGCACCAUGUGGAAGAGAAACACAUUAUUCCCAACUGUCCAAUACUUAUCCUCAUUCAACACUGGGAACAAAUGGUCCACUUGUCAUCCUACAGCUGCGGGUACUCUGCUUCCAAUAGUGGGCAAAGCUUCACUGGGUGCAAAGCACCUUUGACCACAGAAGUCAUGAAAUGUGCUACAGGGAGGGGGAAACUCAGAUUCAUCCUUUCUACGUCUUCUCACUGAAUGUGUACCGCUGCGUGUAUCGUUGUAUAUGAAACCUACCGGAUAUUGAAAGGCCUGUAUAGAGUGGACGUGGAGAGGAUGUUUCCAUCAGUGGGAGAGUCCAGGAUCCGAGGGCACAGCCACAGAAUAAAGGGACAUCCCUUUAGAACUGGGAUGAGGAGGAAUUUCUUCAACCGGAGAGUGGUGAAUCUGUGGAAUUUGUUGCUAUAGAGGGCUGUGGAGGCCAAAUCAUUGGGUGUAUUUAAGGCAGAGAUUGAUGGGUUCUUGAUUGGUGAGGGGAUUAAGGGUUACGGGGAGAAGGCGGGAGAAUGGGGUUGAGAAAAUCAACCGUGAUUGAAUAGUGGAGCAGAAUCGAUGUUCUUUUUCUCAUCUCAGUUCUUAAAAGUGGCACGCUAAUGCAUUAGUCGGCUAUAAAUUUAAACACCAGUGUUGGUCCAUUAUCGGACCGGGUUGUUAGCAGAAUCUGCAGUCUACUCAGUGGGCUUUUGGAAAAAGCCCAAAGUAUUACAGAAGCAACAGAAAACAUGCACAAAAA